AUGCCUGAUUAUUUCUUUUAUGUCGUUAUUGAACUCUUUACAGACUCACCCGCUAGCUUGAACCAACCCAAACAACUUCAGCCUCCCAGUUUGGCUCCAUUUUUCAAGUCCUUGAGACCUUUCACAACCUCAGUUGCGGCAAGACGACGAUCUAGAGACCUCGCCUCUGAGCAUAGGAAAGAGUUUUCUGCUCAACCCGCACGAUCGCAGCCCACAGUUUCCCACGAAAACCUCUCCUUGCAGAUACCUCACCCGGACCCUAAAGACCACCGGCUAGACCGAAUCUGUGUUGAGAGUGCGGAUACGCCAUCACACCCUGGGGGAAUGGAGUCGGCAGGAGGGAAAGAUAACAUCAUUGGAAAAGGAAUUGGAAGCGCAAUAUCAGGACGUCACAUGAAGGGCAGAUAUGAAGCCUUGGAAAGCCACGACAGGACAGAAGGGUGGGGAAUCGUGCACCUUUACAGGGAUUCCGAACAGACGUCUGGAUUAUACAAGGACUCUGCGUAUCGAUCGAGUGACCUCUGGAGCGAUGGACUUCGCAAUCCGCCUUCCGGAAACCCUCACCCACCUCCUAAAGACGAAGCAUGUACCACGCUAUGUAUCCUAGCCGUGCCUUCAUACAUGACACCGUCUGACUUCUUGUCAUGGGUCGGCGAGGACACCAGAAGCGAAGUGAGCCAUUUCAGAAUGGUCCGUACAGCACGGGCAAACCGAUAUAUGGUUCUGAUGAAGUUCAGACAUGGUAAAAAGGCAAGAGAAUGGCAACAUGAAUGGCACGGGAAAGUCUUCAACAGCAUGGAGCCAGAAACGUGCCAAGUCGUCUUCUUGAAAUCAGUCGAGUUGAUUCAGACAUCCUCACUGGAACCGAACAAUAGCCUGACUUCCCCGACAACGAGCUAUCCGAACAUGACCAACGAUCCGUUCAUUCCGACAUCCACAACUGCCAAACCUCCCGCUCCUCGAACAUCAUCACUAGUCGAAUUACCUACGUGUCCAGUUUGUCUUGAGCGGAUGGACGAAACCACAGGCCUGUUGACAAUUCCUUGCCAGCAUGUGUUCCAUUGUACGUGCAUGGAAAAAUGGUCCGGCGGUGGCUGUCCUGUGUGUAGGUACACUCACGACGACUUUUCAUCACGAUUGGGUUCGUACAAAGCAAAUAACAAGACUUCUGGGGAGUAUGAAGGGCACGAUGGCCCACUGGAGUGUGAAGUGUGUCAUGUUGAGACGAGUCUCUGGCAAUGCAUCAUCUGUGGCAAAGUCGGGUGUGGAAGAUACGAAGGCAAACAUGCAUAUGCGCAUUUUGAAGACACCGGGCACACAUUCAGCAUGGAUCUGCAGAGUAAACGAGUCUGGGAUUAUGCAGGAGAUACGUAUGUGCACCGUAUCAUACAAGAUGCCGCCAAACCAGGUGAGAAACUAGUUGAACUGCCAGGAAGACACGAACCUUCUGCCCUGCAUGGCGAAGAAGACCCUGAGCUGGCCAAGCUGGACGACAUCUCCCUGGAAUACACACAUUUGUUGACAAGCCAGCUCGAAAGCCAGAGAGUGUAUUUCGAAGAAGUGGUUGAGAGAGCCGUUGACAAAGCUGCUGAAGCGACCAAGAAAGCGGAACGAGCGCUGGAAGAAAGCCGUGUUGCAACCGAGAAGCUACAGAGGCUCGAAAGAGAGCAUGAUAUUGUCGCCAAAGGCCAUGUGCCGGGACUCGAAAAGGAGAAAGCCCGGCUCGAAAAGCGAAGUGCCAAGUUCGAAGAACUGGCUCGGAGUUUCAGCGAGAAGUAUCAAGUCGAAAAGACCCUUAGUGCUAGUCUCAUGGAAAGGGUAGAAUUCCUUGAAAAGACGCAGUUGCGGAACCUGCACGAGACUAUACGUCGGCUUGAAGAGGAAAAUGCCACUCAGGAGUUGUUGAUGGAGGGCUUGAGAGAAGAGCAUCGCGAUGCUAUCAUGCAGAUCUCCGCACAGCGGAAGUUGGAGGAGAUGGUUGCAAAUGGUGAGUUGGAGGCUGAAGAUCUCGAAGGUGCAGUCAUUGAGGCUGGACCGGCAAAGAAAGUCCCUCUCGCCAGGCGCCGUAAGUUGGCGAAUGAACAGAAUCGAGGUGCCGGUUCAUCUGCACCAAGUCAGCCGCUGCCAGCAUCAUCUCCAACAUCUAGAGAGGGCCCCGUUGACCGUCUUGUCCUCUACAACAGCAUCUUUGGCGAGAGCUCGCGCGGCAAAGACUGGGACGAGCAGAAAGCUAAACGAAUUCUCGACGAGUGUCGCGCCAAACUGCUCAGUGAGGGUUUGCUGGUUUCGCCUACCCCGUCAGUAUCCGGAAGAACUGAGAGCAGCGAGGGCGAGGAUGAUGGAAAUGGCGAAAACAAGGCCAAAGGGACAAGCGCGGGCAAGAAGCGCAAGGGCAAGAAGAAGUCCAAGAAGCAAAACAUCUGA